AUGCUUGAUUACUUCGCCCUCAAAGAUAGCCGCGAGUUCGCUGUGCAGUUCCGCCCGCAAGAGCUUGACCUCCACGUGUUCCACACCGCCCGCAAGGCCCUAGGCGACGUCGUACCCGAGGCCGGCGUGUUAGAGGACGAUGAGCUGAAGGAGGGUGGGUUUCAUGCCUACUGGAUGACGCGAAUGCCGGGUCGCAUUUGGUCACACGGCAUCCGCGGCAGAGGUGAUGAGGGCCGGAUCACAAUCUGCAAAUCUCUGGGCGAGGCCUUUUCCAAGGGCUUCCUCGACCCCGAUGUGUUUCCUGGAUACACAUCAGAGGCAGCGUUGAACAAAACGGUCCGACCUCAUUUGGAGACCAUCCUGGCUUCGGACCUCCCCGAGCUGGUCCCGUUCAGAAAGGCCAUCCAAGAACUCGCCCACGAGCUCGACAGCCUUAAUCGCCUCCCCCUCUGGAUCGCUCACUUUGAUCUCAACGAGGUUAACGUUCUAAUAGACGAUGAUUGCCGCGUUACCGGGAUCAUUGACUGGGAGCUUUCGAGGCCGCUUCCUUUCGGUGUGGGGUGCGGCCGCAUCCACACCAUAGCAGGCGAAUAUAGCCAUGUCGAGUUUUCCAUGCCUGAUUGCUUCGUCAAGGCUGAAAAGGCCUUUUGGCACGCUAUGCUUGACGGCAUGGUCCCAGAGGUUAGGGAAAAGUUGGAGGAGAUUCCAGAGAUCGUGCAAUUGGGCGUACUCAUCGGCACAGUUAUGGAUUGUAUCAACAUGGAAAACGGAAUGCUGUGCAUUUCAGAAACAUCUAUCAAGGCCCUGGACAAGUUCUUGACCUACCGCAUCCCAACACUGCGGGGCGAGGACGGACAACCUUACAAAAAAAUGAAUGUCCAAGGUGGUGACGGCCGAGAUGAGGAGGAGCACGCCUCCCGUUACCGCUGCCCACUUGAUAAAGAUGGGAGCUAG